CGCCCUUCCCCAACCAUGGGCGGGGGUGGAACAAUGGGAGGAAGAGGAGGUGGAGGCAGGAAAAUGGCAGCGGUGGCGGCGACCGUAGCGGUGGCGUUAACGACGGCGGCGGCAACAACAGCAGGAGCCGGCGGCGGCGGCCCGAGGCAGCGCACGACACCCACAGCCUGGUUCCCGGCAUGGCUGCUGGCGGCGGCGCUGUGCUUGUUCCAGGUUUCAGCUGUGGAGGUAUACACACCAGCAGAACUUUCUGUGGAGAAUGGGACAGAGGCAAAGCUUCAGUGCACCUUUACAUCCACAGAAGUGAUCAGCAGCGCCGCUUCUGUUACCUGGAGCUUCCAAGCAGAGGGCUCAUCCACUUCAGUGUCAUCGUUCUUCUAUUAUUCCAACGGGAAGGGAUAUCCUGGGAAGACUACACAAUUUAAGGACAGAAGCAGCUGGGCUGGAGAUCUUAACAAGAAAGAUGCAUCUAUUACUAUAGCAAAUAUGCAGUUUCAAGACAAUGGCACAUACAUCUGUGAUGUCAAGAACCCACCAGACAUAGUUGUCACACCAGGAGAAAUCAAACUCAGAGUUGUGGAGAAAGGUAACUUGCAUGUGUUUCCCAUUGCCCUUGUGGUAGGGCUAGCCGUUCUCGGAGUGCUGGGUUUAAUUUUGCUCAUCGUUCUUAUUGUGUGUGUCGUGUACAGAAAGAAGAAUUCUAAAAAGCAUUAUUCUGGCUGCAGUACCUCUGAGAGCUUGGUGUCUCCAGUUAAGCAGGCUCCACGGAAGUCCCCCUCCAACACAGAGGGUCUGGUAAACAGCGUGCCCAUCCGAUCGCACCAGGGCCCAGUAAUUUAUGCACAAUUAGAUCACUCUGGAGGGCAUUGCAGUGACAAGAUCAACAAGUCAGAGUCUGUGGUCUAUGCUGAUAUUCGGAAGAACUGAGGAGAUCCCAACCUACCCAAAGCUGAACAAAAAUUCAAACUGGAAUCGCUUGAAGAAAAUUGACCCAGAGAACUCACAUGUGGCCUUUGACGCCUAGGCUAGGACCAAUGCAUGUGCAUACAGAGAGAAAGAGAUUAUAUAUGUAUUGUGUGUAAAUAAUCUAUUUAAUCGUUCAGAAAUGAGACCUAUGUUGCAUGUUGAAAUAUAAGAACUCUGCUUAUAAAUUGCCAAUAUUUUUUUUUUUUUGUAUCUAGGUUAAGGGGAGGAAAGCAAGUAUUCAUAUUACACCUAUAGGUAAUUUCUCUUAAUUAUUCUAUGGAAAAACUGGAAAUUCCUGGAUAUUCUAAUUGAUUUAAUACUUUGUUUUUUACAGGCUCUGUUAAUUUUGAUGAAUUGGACAUGAAGAGAAUGUUUCUGCAUGAUUCUUUUUCCUAAUCAGGUGCUUUCCACACUUCUUCAUUUGUCCUCACACUCUAACACCUCCUUCCCCAGAUGAAAAAGCCCACCACACCUACUUCAGCUCCCAGCCUGUUCUCCUAUUGUUGGAAAUAAGAGGGCAUUAAUUAACAUUUGUCUGUCUUUAAGGCAGUCUCCCAUAAACAAAAUUGCUUUUAGGCAAUUCUAAUCAGCAUUAACAAAAGUCCCAUUUACUUUACUCUUUCUCUACAUCUCUGACCACAAAUUCUUAAGGGUCUAGUGAGGUUUUAGCAAUGAAGGUGAAACUUGGUUUUCUCUUUGAACAAAAUUGGGUAGUCAAGUGCUGGGUGAAUGUCUUCAGCUUGAUUCUAGUGUGGCUUUCCUGUAAAAUGCACAUGGUCUUCUUCUAGUAAGUAGAAAAAGCUUAACAAAUGUUGCAUUACAAAAUGGAUUUUUUUAGAAUGUACAGUAAUCUCUAUUUUAUCUAUUCUCAUUGCCACAGAGAGGGGACUUCAUUACAGAAGUACUAAAUGUGAUAGAAUAGGACAACAGCAAAAUUCCUACUUCAAGAGGACAUGACCAAGGUUCUGUUGUCAUUAGCUGUUAGAUCGCUUAGUGAUAUACCUUUAAACAGGAACAGCUGUGGGUUUGGGAUAAGCUCUGUGCCCUUGUAAUGAUGCAUAUGCAAUCUCUCAACCCAUUUCUGUUUUCCUUUUUUCUUCUUCUUUCCUCCAACAAAUAUUUCAGACAGGUUGUCUGCUGCUGGUUUUUUUCAAGCACCUUGUAUGUUUAUUGGCCCCUACAUUUGACCAGUGUUCUUCUUUAAUUGUAAAAUAUUUAACACUUAAAAUUUUUCUGAGAGGCAGAUUUAUGAUUGAUGCAAGGGCUGGACAGUCAGCACUAUGCAAAGCUGGAAGAACAGGCUUUGCUUGAGCAGGGAGAAGGGAACUUUUACAUCUGUCCAAAGUGUGGUGAGUGCACCUUCAUGGUAGGCUCACUGCUAAAUUGAUGCAUGCAUCCUUAAUAACUUGUUCCUUAACAGGUCUUUUAAAAAUAGAAUAAUUAAAAAACACAGAAUCAUAGAAUAGCAGAGUUGGAAGGGGCCUACAAGGCCAUCGAGUCCAAUCUCCUGCUCAAAGCAGGAAUCCACCCUAAAGCAUCCCCGACAGAUGCUUGUCCAGCUGCCUCUUGAAGGCCUCUAGUGUGGGAGAGCCCACAACCUCUCUAGGUAACUGAUUCCAUUGUCACACUGCUCUAACAGUCAGGAAGUUUUUCCUGAUGUCCAGCUGGAAUCUGGCUUCCUUUAACUUGAGCCCGUUAUUCCGUGUCCUGCACUCUGGGAGGAUCGAGAAGAGAUCCUGGCCCUCCUCUGUGUGACAACCUUUUAAGUAUUUGAAGAGUGCUAUCAUGUCUCCCCUCAAUCUUCUCUUCUCCAGGCUAAACAUACCCAGUUCUUUCAGUCUCUCUUCAUAGGGCUUUGUUUCCAGACCCUGAUCAUCCUGGUUGCCCUCCUCUGAACACGCUCCAGUUCAGUGAACUCGGUCCUAUUCAUGUAGGACCGAGUUCACUGAAGAGGUCAUAGCCUUGAUGGAAGAAGGCCAGGUGAGCAUACAUGAAGGACAACAUCGAUUUGAGAAUCUCUGAUCUCCUCUUUGAUUGAAGAACAUUGAUCUGGAGAACAUAGUCCAUGUUGAGUAGUGACUCUUAUUUUAUGCUAAUUUAUUGCUAUCUCCUGACAUCUAAGCAAACUUGGGCUCAAAUCCUUAAUCCACUUAAUAGGAAAGUAAGUUCCAUUGAAUUUGGUGGAACUUGCACUUGAAUAAAUAUGAGUAGGGUUGCACUGUUGGGAUAGAAUCCAGUGGUGUCUGGACACCUGGACAAAUUACUUUGCCCUAGCAUAAACCACUGCUACGUCAAUAGCUUUUGCUGACAUGACGGAUUUCCUGGGAAACCCAUCAUGGCAAAAAGUGCUAUUGAUAUUGCACUGGAGUUGGUCUAUGCUAGUGUAACAUGAUUUGCAGAAGUGCCCUGAUAUCGUUGGAUCCUACCCUUGGCAUGCAAUGUAGCUUUCUUGGUUUAAGAAAAUGCUAAGUGUGAGUGGAUACUUCAUCUUGAAAGGAAAAAAGCAGCUUCUCCUAGCUAAAGAGAACUGCAGGUUUCUUAAAAAUUCACCUGAACUUGAGGGAUACUGUCUUUAUCUAAACGAGUUACAUAGAACAGUUCCAGAUAGCAAAAAUUAAUGUAAAACAGUCAAUCUCUCCCUCCUCCAUUGCUUGUCUUAAUCUACUUUACCAGAAAUGAAAUUGGUCACAUGAUCAGUCCCAAAUUUCUCCUUCCCUGGCUUUUACACACAGUAUGUUACUUUCUUGGGGUUGGUAAGGGUAACAGAAGUACAAUUUGCACAAAUCCAUCAUUCUGGAACCCACCCCACCCCACAAGCAUUAACAUUGUAGGAGAUGAAAGUGCACAUGAAUGAGAAACUUGGAAAGACUAGUCCCAGGACAGCGAGGGACAAAAGUGAACAACAUUUGACAAUAAUGCUAGUCUGAACACACCCAUAUGCCUCUUUAGAGGGCUGAUUAGCUUUAUGAUCUUACUCUUUUAAUGUUCAUGUAGUAUUUCUAUGUUGAAUGGAAUUCCUCUUGACUUUCUGUUAUUUAGUAGAAAAAAAUGGAUAAGCUUCAGGUGCUUUUUAAAGUUUCUCCAGUACUACAUUGGUCACCAUUGUUUUCCUUGCCCUCUUCAGUACAGAGGUGGGAAGAAACUAGGUUUUAGUCCACCGAUGGACAACUAGUAGACCACCUAGCACCUUUUGUGUUGAUGGAAUUCUUACAAAGACUCCUAGACCAGAUGGAUGAUGGUCUGAUGGAGCAUACUUUGUCUUAAGCAAGAGGGUCCUGUAAUGAUGAUGGGUUAUGCUUUAACUUUAUGAGUUCCUCAAUAUUCACUCUUAUGUAUAUACAAUUUAUUGGUGGAUCAUAGGGGGAUUCUAAUUGAGAUAAAAGGUUGAUGACACAAUCCAGGAACUACCUCUUGUGACAGAUGCAGUGCUGCAUGGAGUAAAGCCUUAUAUAAUUUUUAUUUAAGAUACAUGGGAACUACAUAUAAAUUGUCACUAGCAGGAGGAACAAAAGGAGAGGGAUUUUUCCCAUUUACCGUGAGUUUUUGCCAUGGCUCAUAAUCACUCUUAACUGUCUUUUUGCUUAAUAUGAGCAAACUAGUUUAGUGGAAUGCUAGAAAAUGAUUUACUAAGUAAAGCUUGCUUUAAAUUUAAUGAGCAAGUGUUCAGUACUCUCCAUACUUUGAUUCUAAUCACAGCCACUUGUGAAUAACUGCAGCCAAAUGAGCUAUUUAGGAGUCUUAUUACAGUUGCAGAGGGGGGAAAACAAUUUCUUAUUCAAGGCUUUGUAAAAUGUAGGACUUAAUGGAGUCCUUUAAUUCCAACACCAUAUUACUACAAAGUUACUAUUUCCCCCCUCUUAGUCCUUCAUCUUUAUUUGAUAUUCAUUCUCUUGACAUCUCGUAUCAGAUUGCUCAUGCCAAUCUGUGUUGGUGGCAUGAUCACCCAUAACAGGAAAUGUAGAUGUAACACACAAUUUCAUGUGAGGAAAUGUUCUAGGAACGUCAAAGCUGGUCUGUUAUCUGCCCUGUGCUUCCGAGUUACUCAGCAUUUUAGAAGAGCUUGAAUGUUGUUUACAGUGUAUGGGAGAAUCUUUCUUCAUUGUCCUCCUACCCCCUUUUAAUGUACUGCUCUUUGUAGAUCACUUGGCAAGUGCAAGAACCAUACAGUGGCUAUCUAUCUCCUGAUGGAGGCUCUGUGGAUCGGAUGCUAUUCACCAGCAAAAAUGCAAUGGUUAUAUCUUUUCCUGAUAGCUGUCCAAGCGACAGACCUGCUUUCAGAAUAAAUGGGGAUACCCUUAUAACUGACAUCCCUUUAACUCGUCUGGCUGAAAUACGUUCCAUGUGUUAUGAUCACAUUUGUAAAUACUGUCUUUUCCAACUUAAAAGUGCAGUCCAACCUAUUAAAAUUCAGUUUGUCAUCAAUUUCAGAAGAGGUAGAUUGCCCCCUUAGAGAAAGCAAAUAGAGGUAACUAGUAUUGCCACUAGGUUUCAACUCAUUAACUAGCAGCUGUAUCUUUCACAUCUCAUCUAAAUAGUUCUUAGAAUGUUGUUUAAAUAUAUGUUCUGCAUGGCAAAUAACAUGUUUAAGUGUGUUCAAUAGGGUUUGGGGAAGAAGUGGAAGACCCUUCAGAUUGUAGCAGUUAUAUUUGUGCAUAAGACUUUGUCUCUUGCCAGCGUGCUGUGUAUUUGUAAUAUCAACAUUUCAGUCUGUGAACAGAGAAACUGGAAUUGUUUUGUCUUAACUUUUAAAAACUGUCUAGAUGACCAUCUAUUUUGUAACUUGUUUUGUAUACAUUCCACUCAAAGGCUUUUCUUACUAUGUACAGUCCGUUCUGGUGAAGUGAACUGGUGUUAAAUCAUCAACAAAUGAGCCAUGAAGUCUGUCUAGUCUUGUUCAUAGUUUACAUGUAUCUGUCUGAAACCUUUUAAAACCAGAAUUUUUAUAUUUGUAUAAGAUAGGUAGGAAGUUACAUUUCUCCCUUUUAUUAAAUCCUGUUUCCAACUUGAGUUCUAGGGGACAUCUUGGCAUGUGUAAGGGCAAUUUUCCUAUGGUGCUGUACUUCAUGCCCUUUUCUGUGAAAGGCAAUCAAGAUCUAAUAAAAGACUCCCAAUUGUGAAAGUUCACUCCUCAAAACCUCAGAUCUUCUUCUCAAGAUCUGCCUUUGCUCUAAACCAUUCCACAUAAUGAAGUGAUAAUGCCCUUUUCUACUUUGUUUCUGCACUUUUAAAAAACUGGAAUUGAUUUUUUUUAUUGUACAGUCUUCUUCCCUUCCUUCCCCACUUUGUCACAAGCAGCUGCUGCAUAGAGCAGAAAGGACUCCUCAGGCAGCUCACUCAUUUCUGGAAAGCACCACUAUGAGGGCACCACACUAUAAUGCUGCUAGAUUGAAGGGGGUGGGGAGAAAGGGGUAAACACCUAUAAAAUAGGUGUAUAAUUUGGGGAAAGAGUUUAUUCUACAACAUCUUUAAAGCAGGAACCAGUGGUUGCAUACAACUUGUUUUGACUUGCUUCUAAUUUGGACACUCAUCCCAUUGAUAUUUACAUGUUUUCUAUUGUACUCUUGUGAAUAUUUUAAUACACUUUUUCCAUUAGUG